AUGUGCCACUAGGAUAAGCCUCGACUUUCGGUUCCAUUGAUAUUAUCGCCGUUAUAGGGGCUUUGGGCAAUGCAUGAAGGAGCCGUCAGCGCUGUCCAGGACCACCACGAUUUCAUGUCCCAAGAAUUAACUUUUAUCCAGGGGACUCCCUUCGAAAUAAAAGUUAAUUAAUUUUAAUUACUGAAAUAAUAUUUUGAAAAACAAAAAUCAUUAACAGAAUCUUAAAAAGUAUAGAAUUUACAUGAAGACUUUGAUUCAUUUUACAAUUACUACUUAAAGAAGAUAUAUAAAAAGAAGAUAAUAAAUAAAAAAAGAGUCAGACUACAGUAAAUAAAACAACUUCAUAAAACCAUCUCGCUCCAGGAUUAAUUCAGAAAUCUAUUUGUACAAAAUAGAAAUUCCUUUUAAAUUAUUGAAGAUACGAUCAUAACAAAUAAAGAAAAAAGAGAUGGGGGAUUCUACAAUUGCUUUAUAAACGAAAUAUUUUCUAAUUGCUUCGAGCAAUUAGGAAAUAUUCAAAACUAAUAAAAUAUGAACCUCUAACUAUUUCCAAGCUCCAACCUUUAACAUAAAAUCAGAUUUUAGGUUUACAGAAAUAAAUAGCUUUUGACAAAAGCAUUAUCAUACAAUUGCAUAACUCAUUAGUUGAUAAAUGGAACCUUUUAAAAGAUGUCUGGGGACCUAAGACUUUUGAUGUUAACAAAAAGAUAGGAUGGGUAAGACCAAUUCCCCUAAACAAUGUUCAUCCAAAAAUUCCGACAAAAGAAUAAUUUCGACCAUCUAGUGAUACUAAGUCCUCUCUUUAAAUUUAUAGAGCUCAAAUUCUAUUAAUAAUUAAUGGAUUAUAUGAUAUAUAGAUUAAACUGGUUUCAUAAAAGGGUACGGCACUUAAACUAAUUUGUUGAUAAUUAAGGAUAUAUUAAAAAAAAAUUACACAAAAAAGGUCAAAAAGUCAUUAUCUUUGUUGACUUUUCCAGCGCAUAUAACACCAAUGACAGAUAUCGAUUUUAUUAAUUAUUGUCAAUGAAUAACAUUUUACCUGAAGAAGAAAUAAGAUUUUUACAAGCAAUACACAGUAGGAUAUUAUACAUCCCCACAAUAUGUAAAGAAAAAUUUCAUUAUAAAAAUGGAGUCCCCUAAUGCUCUCCUAUGUCCCCUCUAUUUUUUAAUGUAUACAUGAAUAAUUGUCUGAAAAAUUAUCUUAAAAACUUGUAUUUUAUUAUCUUCCUCUAACAAUAAAUUAUAUGUAAUUAAGUGUAAAGCACUCAUGUGCUAUAUCCAUCAAAAAAAAGGUCAAACCAUUCAAAUUUAAAUGAGAAGAUCAAACUAUUUACACCUGGUUAACGCUUCUCUAUACCAUGCAUCAUGAAUUCUACUAUUUUUAAACUUCUUCGCUUAAAUGUUUCAUUUUAGAAACUGAAUAUUGCAAAUGUGUGGACGCUCUUACUCCUAUAAAUAAUUUCUAAAUUACCACUUGUUUUGAGGAUGCUUUCAUCUGAAAUCUAAAUGUAUGUAUAUCAUGUAUUAUUUCAAGUUUAACUUACUCAAACAAUAUAAAUCAGUGAUAAUAAUUUAGUUGUAUUUUUCUAAAAUUCGAAAUCCACAUUCUGUUCAUUUUGUAUAUCGGUUAAUUAAAAAAAAAAUUCCUUAUAAUUUUAUCUUACAAAAACAAUGAAAAAUUAAGACAUCCAAUCUUAUUUAUGA